AUCAGCAUCUGUGCCUUUGGCUGCGUCUCGAAGAGGGCGAUCGAGGUGGCCAAGCAUGUUGUGCAGAAAAUGCUCGAGCACGCCUCCAAAGACGUCUGCGAUCGUCUUGUCUGCGGGUUCGCGAGCGUUGCUGUGAUAGGGCGGAACCAAGUCACGUCCGACAUGCCCCCACACGCCUUCCUCAAGAACUUGCAGACUGGAGAGGGCUCAGGCCGCAGCUACGACACAGGAUGUCGAGGAGUGGGAGGGACUUGCAAGGUCCCUUGCACCUCAGUCGGGGAGGAGAAUCUGCUCAUGGAGGACGGCGACCGCUACGGGGAAGAAUCGAUCCUCGUGCACGAGUUCGGACACUGCGUGAUGAACGUUGGACUCAGCUCGGCCCAGCUCGACCGGGUUAAGUACUUGUAUGAGCACGUGAAGGCGGCCGGAGGCCACGGAAACUCCAGCAGCUACCUCAUGUCGAACGCCGAGGAAUACUGGGCGGAGAUCACCCAGGCA